CAUUUUUUGAACAGCUUCUCCGAAGCGGUGAUCUGUCGGCUUAGCUUGCAAUCCGGUCAAUCCUUGCGCAAAAAGCCCUACUAGUCAAUUUAUAUACUUCCAGGCAUAUGCGCCGCGCCUUCCACCAUGAUUGCCGUCGGAAUCGAAGGCUCUGCCAACAAAGUCGGAGUGGGCAUUAUCUUCCACCCGAAAGAUGGCAGCACCCCGCAGGUGCUUGCGAACGUGCGGCACACCUAUGUCACUCCUCCCGGCGAGGGUUUCCUUCCCAAGGACACUGCCCGCCACCAUCGCGCCUGGGUGGUGAAACUGGUCAAGCAAGCCCUGCGAGAUGCGCUGGUCUCCGUCAAGGAUGUUGACUGUAUUUGUUACACCAAGGGUCCUGGCAUGGGCGCCCCUCUGCAGAGUUGCGCCAUUGCCGCGCGCAUGUUGAGUCUACUUUGGGGCAAGGAGUUGGUGGGAGUGAAUCACUGUGUUGGGCAUAUUGAAAUGGGUCGGGCCAUCACCGGCGCCACGAACCCAGUCGUCCUCUACGUCUCCGGCGGAAACACCCAAGUGAUCGCAUACAGCUCGCAGAGGUACCGCAUCUUCGGCGAGACCCUUGACAUCGCCGUCGGAAACUGUCUGGACCGCUUCGCACGCACGCUACAAAUCUCCAAUGACCCUGCGCCGGGCUAUAACAUCGAACAGUUGGCCAAGAAGGGCAAACGACUCGUGGAUUUGCCUUACACCGUCAAGGGAAUGGACAUCUCCAUGUCUGGGGUUCUAGCAGCAAUUGAUGCGCUGGCCGUUCAGUACGGACUUGAUGGGGAGUGGGACGGCAAGGACGAGGGCGCGGACUCUGCCUCCGGGGAAGCAGACGAUGGGAAGCCGACUCGCGCGGAUUUGUGCUUCUCACUGCAGGAGACCGUUUACUCUAUGCUGGUGGAGAUCACGGAACGUGCGAUGGCGCAUGUGGGAUCGAAGGAAGUGCUGAUUGUUGGUGGUGUGGGAUGUAAUGAACGGUUGCAAGAGAUGAUGGGCAUCAUGGCUCGAGACCGCGGGGGCACCGUGCAUGCCACGGACGAGAGAUACUGCAUCGACAACGGCAUUAUGAUUGCCCAGGCCGGUCUGAUGGCCUACAAAACUGGAUUCCGGACGCCGCUCAAGGACGCGACUUGUACGCAACGGUUUCGCACGGACGAGGUUCUGGUGAAAUGGCGGGAUUGAACCGUGUGCCGAAUUGAUCAAGAGUUAUGAUUUUCAUGAUAUAAGUAAUAGAACUUAGACAAAUGUCUUUAAAGAGGCUGCAGGGUUCGGCGCUUGAAAGUCAUACUUAAGUCGACAUUGCAGGAUAGUCAGUAGCACUGGUGCAGCCUAUCCAAUACUCAUUGA